AUGUUUAGAUUUUUCUGCAAAAGCUUAGUGUUAGGCUGUUCUAAUAGAGCUAAUUUAUCAGUUCAGAAAGGAUUACCCUAUUUUCUUGACAAUCCUUCCAUAUUAUCAUGUCUCAGAAACAUUUCAUCAGUGAAUACAGAUGAUAUAAAAGAACAUUCCUUUACAGUAUCGUACCUUGUAAACAAAUGUGGGUUAUCUCUAAAAUCUGCUUUAGAAGCUUCUAAACAAGUCCAUUUUGAAUCCCCGGAUAAACCUGAUUCUGUUCUUGACGUUUUCAAGAACCAUAGCUUUUCAAAAGACGAUAUUUUGAAACUAGUGAGGAGACGCCCUUCAGUGCUUUUGUCAAAACCUCACAAAACACUGUCGCCCAAGCUUGAAUUUUUCCAAUCUAAAGGUUUUUCAAGCCCCGAUGUCGCCAAAAUCAUAUCAUCCUACCCAUGGAUUUUGAGACGUAGCUUAGAAAACCAGUUAGUCCCUGUUUUUGAUUCCUUCAAAAACUUUCUCCAAUCUGAUGCCAUGGCCAUCAAAGCAAUCAAACGUUACCCUUCUAUUCUAACUCUUGAUGUUGAAAACAUGGCACGUAUUCUUGAUGUUUUACGAGACAAUGGAGUCCCUAAAAAGAAUAUUGCUCUGCUAGUUCGCCACCGACCUGCUACUAUGAUGUCCAAUCUGGAGAGUUUUAAAAAGCUUAUACAGGAAGUGACUCUGAUGGGAUUUCAUCCUUCCAAGUAUCAAUUUGUUUCGGCAAUUAUGUCGCUGAAGUCCAUGAGCACAUCCACAUGGGAAAAAAAGCUUGACGUGCUUAGGAGAUGGGGUUUGUCUCAAGAAGAAAUUCUUGCAGCAUUUGUAAAGUAUCCAUGGUUUAUUUGCUUAUCUGAAGAGAAGAUCAUGGGAGUGAUGGAUCUUUUUGUCAACAAAUUGGGCUGGGAGUCUUCCUUUGUUGCCAAAAAUCCAAUUAUUUCAUCAUAUAGCUUGGAGAAAAGGCUUAUCCCAAGGGCUUUGGUAUUGCAAUUUUUAGUUUCUAAAGGCUUGGUUGAGAAGAGUUUCAGAAGCCUUGCAUUCUUCAUUACAGCAGAAAAUAAGUUUCGGCAUACGUUCAUAGAUCCCCAUGCUGAAUCUAUCCAGAUAUUGAAAUUUUACAAGGAAAAACUGAAUCUUUCAUCGGUUGUUUCUUCAGACAAGAUUCUUGAACAAGUUGAUAAAAGUGUUAGGUUUGUCAAAGCCAUGUAA